ACAUCGAAAGAGUCGGUGACUGGAAUGGUGAGGUGAACCUAUCUUGCGCCGAAUACGCCCAUUAACUUUCGAUGGCAGGACCCAAAUACCAACAAACAUGAGUACCCCCUCUGCUCCAAGCCCGUCACACUUCUCCGUCGUUCGUCCCCGCCAUGCCGUGGGUACCUCGUAUCCUCUACACCCGCGUCUCCUCAGCACUGCUGACGCGAGCAGACCAUUUCGUGUACGCGACAUGCUUGAACAAAUCGUCGCGAGAGCGCACUCGAGGUCUUUUGGCAGCCUAAACUCCGCGGUGCACCAUCGGCUCACCGUGUGCCAUCUCGACGUUCACCCAGCCAACUACCGAGGGAGUCGGCGUUACCUGCAGUGUAGUCUCGAGUCCAAGCGCCAUGCGACGGUAUUAGUAUCCGGCUGGUGUAUGGCAACGUUGUGCGACGACUGCUUCAGCUCGCAGUCAGUAAUCCGUCGUCCUCGCCACUUCAAACUUGGUAGGCAAGACAUCCACUUCGCCGGCCUGGCUCGCAAUUUUCUGCCUAAGAUUGAGAACGUGAAACAUAGUUGCAACUACGCAACCUGCGCUCCUUACCUCACUCGCUUUGGGACCCCUAGUGCUACGUUGCACAAGCAUGACUCCGAGAUUCCCACUCCAUCACCGUUCUAGCACGACUUCGACGUUUGUAUUGCAUUGCUACAUCGAGGUACAAUGGCCACGCUUCUGCAAGGCGAAAUAUCUAUGUUUCACACCCACGAGGCGGCCUUGACUGACCCCGACGAGGUACCGCCGA